AUGGCUCGCCCCAAGAACGAUUGGCAAAACUGGCAGUGGUCAAUGGACCUCUAUGAGGCUGCAACUGCAGGGAAGGAAGACAAAGUGCUACUAUUUCUUGAGAACGGCGCGGAUGUCAACGCUCAAGGUGGUAGGUAUGGAAACACCCUCCAGGCCGCCGCUGCUUCAUGGACGCAGCGCCCCGAAAUUGUGAAACUACUUCUUGAAAAAGGCGCAGAUGUCAAUGCUCAAGGAGGCGAGUACGGAAAUGCCCUCCAGGCCGCAGUAUGGAAGGGGAACCUCGAAACCGUGAAACUACUUCUUGAGAAAGGUGCAGACGUCAAUGCUCAAGGAGGAGAAUACGGAAAUGCCCUCCAGGCCGCCGUAUCAACAGGGAACCCCAAAAUCGUUAAAUUACUUCUUGAAGAAGGCGCAGAUAUCAAUGCUCAAGGAGGCGAGUACGGAAAUGCUCUCCAGGCCGCCGCAUCGGAAGGGUACCCUAAUUUUGUGAAGUUAUUUCUGGAAAAAGGCGCGGACGUCAACGCUCAAGGUGGUAGGUAUGGAAAUACCCUCCAGGCCGCCGCUGCCGCAUGGCAGAAGCGCCCCGAAAUCGUGAAACUACUUCUUGAGGAAGGCGCAGAUGUCAAUGCUCAAGGAGGCGAGUACGGAAGUGCUCUGCAGGCGGCUGCAUGGAGUGGGAGCCCCGAAAUCGUAAAACUACUUCUUGAGGAAGGCGCAGAUGUCAAUGCUCAAGGAGGCGAGUACGGAAGUGCUCUGCAGGCGGCUGCAUGGAGUGGGAGCCCCGAAACCGUGAAACUACUUCUUGAGAAAGGCGCAGAUAUCAACUCGCGGGAUCAUAGCGAGGGGCGGACGCCGCUACAUAUUGCGGUAGAGGCAGGCUCUAUAUCCGCUGUUACUCAACUUCUCAAAAAAGGUGCUAUUACCAACAUAAGAGAUUUCAGCGAUUUAAAUCCACUUGAACUUGCGGCUCAAAGGGGGGACUAUCGAAUUGCGCUACUACUUCUUUCAAGAAGCACUGACAAUCAAAGCUUUGUGAAGGCUUCCACAUGGAGGACCCUCUUGCCCGGUUCUCCGGGCCACCUUGAAAUGACCAUCGGCAACACCACGACUAUUAGGAAGAUGUCGGAAAGUGACAUUACGAGCAGGGGCUAUCCUCUUUCUCAGGAGGUUAAGGAAUUUGCUGCAAGGACUGAUGAUUUUAUGGGAGCAAGCAUUGGCUCCAGGCGUAUUUUUAUCCUUGCAGAUGGAUUUCCCUUUUUGCAUUCCUCGACUGGUUUCUAUUAUCGCUGGUGGCGUAGAGUGCAAGUGCAACAGCAGUCCCCACCUGAGCUUCUUAUUGGUCGACGAGUGAAAGGGGCAGGUCCAUUAUGGAGAGUCCAGCCUAGUAAAGCACCCAGUCGAGCUACUUUGACUCAAGUUCCAAAAAAAGAUUGCUUUUUUGAAUGCCGCUUCACUACUCGUGCAAUUGCACUGCCUAUCCCCUCCAACUAUAACUGGCCUAGAUUGUCUGAGACCUCCGAUUUGGAUAUACGGGGGCUCGAAAAGACUUAUGGAAUCCUAUGGAUAAUGACCAAGCGUCAGGAUAUAACGGCUUCGGAAAGUGCUCUAGAAUCUAAAAUAUAUUUCAGCACGUCCGAACAUGCACAAGUGCCCUCUCGCGCCGCUGAUCUUUUCGCUCCCUUGGUUCAGCAACUCCUACAAGAGUGGGACAAUACCUUUCAGGCGGCAGAAAGUCGUUUGGCAAUAAAACGUACGGAGUUGCUAAGAGCGAAUGGAAGAAGCCCGCGCUUAAUUCGAGACCUACUAGGCGAUGCCCAACUGUGGGAUCUGCUACGAAGGAGCUGCAACAAGCAAAUUGCUGAGCUCAUGGCAUUUCAGAACGAGUACGACAGUCAGUCAUUGGUUGUCCUCCGUGACAACGGAUCUACAGGAAGCGAAGAGAGGAAAAAAGCGAUGGUAAUAUUUCAAGAUCAAAUCAACAGACUAGAAGAGGUUUAUUCAGAAGGGUUGAAAGCUCUUAUGGAAACUUCCAAGGAUCUUAUUCAAUUAGAGUUCAAUCUUACAUCAAUCUCAGAAGCACAGAAGUCAGCAUCGACAAACAAGAGUAUGAAGCGCCUUAGUUGGAUUACGUUUGUUUUUCUCCCACUAAUGUUCAUCGCGAGUCUUUUUGGUAUGAACGUCGAUAUCUUGGCGUCCAACCCACCUUGGUGGUUUUAUAUCCUUUUUGCCGUGUCCACUACGUUGCUGACACUGGCCGUAUGGUUGAUUUUCAAGCACAACAGUGAUCUGGAGGACAGUAUAGAGCAUAGAUUUAAUCGUCUAACAAGACGCCAGCCACAGCAAGAUCUUGAGAAUGGACAGCGACGAGGUUUUUCUCCACAGCGACGAGAUUUUUCUCCACAGCGACGAUCAGCAAUGUUUUCGACUCUCGGGAAAAAAGGGUCUUGA